GAGCAAAAACCACCACAACAAAACAAAGGACUGGGAAGUGUUGAUAUUGAAAACUCAACGUGUUCGCAGUGCUGUUUUGUUUCACUUUGCUGCUCGUUUUCUGAAUGUCCGUCGCAUUGUUUUUGGCCAAAAGGUCGAGCGUCCUCCUCUUACCUCAGAAGAAGAAAAAAUAUCUCUUUUUUUUACAAAGCAACGCAACUUCAUAAUAACUUGUUAGCUAGCAUUGUUUGCUACAUCAGUCUAACUGAGUAUGGCCGAAAACGCAAACAGUGCAGCCGGCCUUCCUCCAGGAGAUCCUCAGUUAAUCGCACUAAUCGUGGAACAUUUGAAGAACCGAGGUGUUUUCGACGAGUUCAGAAGGGACUGCUUAGCAGACGUGGACACCAAGCCAGCUUAUCAGAAUUUGCGGCAGAAGGUGGACAACUUCGUGGCUAGUCACCUGAGCACGCAGGAGUGGAGUCCCUCCAUCAACAAGAACCAAGUGCGCAAUGGUCUGCGACAGAGCGUAGUACAGUCCGGGAUGUUGGAGUCUGGCGUGGACCGAAUUAUAACUCAGGUGGUGGAUCCUAAGUUGAACCAUAUUUUCCGGCCACACAUCGAGAAAGUUAUCCACGACUUCCUGACCUCCGAGAAGAAAGAAGAAGGAGUGACUAAUUCAUCGGCUGAGACGGAGCAGCAGGACGCCGCCAGCAACACCACCACAGCAAAGGCACAAUCGCCUUUAGCUGCCUCUUACGGUUAUGCUGCGGGAAUCCGAAGGCGCACUGAAAGAAAGCUUCUGCCGUUCCAGCCAGUUUUAUUAGCACUACCAGACAUGUAUGUGAAGCUGGCUGUAGUAGUGCUUGUGUUGACGGUACGGCGCAGACUGGACGCUACGGACACCUUUUCCUCCCACGAGAGGCCCCUCAACGUCCAGAAAAGGCGAUUAUCCCUACAAGAUACAGUGGAGAUCCAGCAGUGUUUGCUGAGCGCUGGAGAGGUCGGAUGCGGGACAUUCGAGUGCUUCACUAACAACUCGUGUGAGGUUCGGGGACUGCACGACAUUUGCUUGAGGUUCCUGCACAACGCCGGGAAAUUCGACUCUCAGGGCAAAUCUUUCAUCAAGGAUGCACUGAAGUGCAUGGCGCAUGGGCUACGUCACAAGUUCAGCUGCGUCAAUCGCAAGUGUGUUUCCGUGAAGGAGAUGGUGUUCCAGCUGCAGCGCGAGUGCUACCACAAACACGACCUCUGCUCCGUGGUCAGGAAGAACAUCAAGGUCCUGAUGGAGAUGAUCCACUUCCAGGAUCUCUUUCCCAAAGGGCCUCACGUGGAACUGGUGAACAUCCUGCUGGGCUGUGGUGAGGGGGUGCGUGUCGCCAUUACCCGCCGUAUUCAUGCCCAGUGUGAGCAGAACUGGGGAGCCUUAUGCGCCAGCCUGAGCCCCUGCCUGCCAGGCCACACCAAGAUCCAGACGGUGCCCACCCUCUCUCCUGUGCCUGCUAUGAGCAGCGCCAACUUCCUGCCUCCUGCUGGCCCUCCUCUCCCACACCCUGAUGGACAGCAGGUUUAGAUCCUUCGCUAAAGAAUAUGAGGCUCUUCCAUAGCCUUCAAUGCCUUGAUUGCACCGAAGUACGACACAUCUUGAGGCCAUCAAUUCAGGCAGGUCUGUUAACGACACUCAAAGGAGGUAACCAAGUGUGUGCAUAAAUGUAGUAUCGACAGUAUUGUCACUACCAUGGUAGGUUAGGACAGGAACAGCCCAUGAAGUGACAGCUCCAGCUGCAUUAAAUACAAAACUGGAGAAUCUCCAUCUUCACUUUUGACAAACUGGUGAACGUCUGCUGUCAACGAUGGCGUCAAGAGAGAACUCUAUAACCAGCGAUCUUUUAAGCUCGAGCAAACACAAUCGCUACAAAUGACAUAAUGUCCAUUUUUUCCCAGGUAGGUUAUAAGAGUAAAUUCAUGGUAGUCUUUCUCAAGCGCAUGAUAUAUGUUUACACUCUGAUCCACAUUUAGGUUUGGAAAAGUCUUUCUUCUGUCGAGUCGAAUCAUGCUUGGGAAUGUCAAAUUUAUGUACACUGAAUGUAUUAUUUCUGGGUAAAGCAGAGUGUCAAACGUGAUUGUGUGCCAACUGAUGCGGUAGAAAAACCGGGACUUGCGAUUAUAACUAAUAUCCAGCCACGCGGCACGGCUAAUUAAAUAAACUAUUUCAUAAAAAUGUUAGCAGGAGCACAGGCUUUCAUUUGACCAUUUGUUCCGUUUGAAGAAAUGGAAAAUCAAAUUCGGAUCUCUAUGUUUCUGACCCAUGAUACGUAUACUGACAAACAAUAGAAAGAAAAUGUUCUUUUUAUUUUAUUCAAAAGUUUCAAAAUAAAUUGUGUACAACAAUUCUAAGCAGAACAUGACACUACAGUAAUAUUUGGGUACCUACCUCAUCCUUUUAAAGCGCACCUAUUACGGAUUUGAAACGGGCCUAAUUUUGUUUUAAAGCUCCCAUACGACAGAUUUAUGUGCAUCCGAGGUUAAAAUAAAUAAAUAAAUAAAAAGCACUUUAACUUGCUCAUCUUUUAAACUGCAGUAUUACCCCCCCACCUCACCCCACAGUGUCACAAACGACUCGUUAAAUGAUCCGUCCUAAACUCCUCCUUUCAGAGAGCAUACUCUGCUCUGAUUGGUCAGAUGUCCCAGUCUGUCGUGAUCGGUCUACCCGAUGUCAGCGGGUGUCUAAAAGGAAACGCCCACUACCGUAACGAGUUUCAGCUCUGUCUGUUUCGCGAGCAGUCGACGAAGACCGGAGGCGGGGUUUUAUUGUUACAAACCUACGCAGAUUGGUACAGGAAGUAAAGUCUGGAAUCACUAACGACUCGAUUCGGCUGUUCAGAAUCGGUUCCUUCUUUUGAGAGUCGAUAACUCGGUUCGAUUUUUGAAACCUUGCAGAUGUUUUUACAUUCUCAAACAGCUCUAUAGCACACUACAUGAAAGGUAAUAUUCGAAAAACCAUAAUAGGUGCACUUUAACAUUUAAUUAUCAAGGCAACUUAUUAAAUGUACAGAGGUCAGUUACCCUCUGUGUAAAUGUACAUCUAUUUUUAAAAUAUUUAUUUCUAUUUUUCCAAAUGUUAUGCAUGACUUGUACCUUCUGUACCAUCAUUCGUCACGUACAACAGUACCAGGUAUACGUUAUUUUGACGUAUUUUCUAUACCACUUGUAUUAUUUAUACAUGUUUGUAUUGUUGUGUCAAAUAUUUCAGCAUUUCCUUACAUUCUGGUAGAUCAAAUCAAAAAUCCACACAUUAUUAUCCACAAAUAUUAUUUUCCCCACUUAAAUGAAUGUAUUAUUGGUCAAUAAAUUAUGUUCAUCUGUGUGCGAA